ACGUGUUCGAACUUUCUCUGUGUAGUACAAUUCAGUACAAUUCAGUACAAUUCAGUACAAUUCUCAUUCAAAAUGAAGACUGCUUAUUUCUUCGUGGUUCUGCUGGCCUUGACCUUCGUCCCAGAGCACGUGGAUGGCUGGUUUUUCCGGUCUGUGCGCAGAAUUCGCUUCAGUCCGUACCACACGCUGGGUUGUAUGGCGGCCUGCAAGUGGGCCAGGAGCUGGGCGUGUAAGGCCUGCAAGAGGAAGAGGGGACUCGACGUGCCAGAUGAUGCAGAUGAGGAUGAAGAUGUCACCAAGGUUAUGCAACACCUGGAUUUGAACGGAGAUGGUAUUGUUGAACUCGUCGAGAUCGCUCACAUGACCGGCCUUAAAAUGUCAAACCCAGUUCUACUGGCUAAAUUCCACAAAGCGGAUAGCAACGGCGAUGGCGAACUGGACCUUCCUGAAUUGGCAGCUUUCCACUUCGAGAACAAAAAGGAAUUUCUUGACGCCAUGGCCAAGCACGGACGUUAGGCUGUGAAGCGAUCGGCACAUUUGGCCGGAUUUAUGUAAUGGCACGUAUGCGGGUUAAGGGUUUUCAAUAAAAUAUUAAAAAAACA